AUUUGGCCCAGGCCCCGUCCAUGGCCGCCCUUGGGACCCCGCGCUGAGCCCCGGAGGCCCCGGCAUCCGGGGCCACGCCGCUCCCAAGGGCCGAACGUGUAUCAGGAUCCCAAGGACCGCCGUGGGGCCGCGGGCGCCUGCGAGGCGGACAUGAGGCGGAGGCUGCGCCUACGCGGAGAAGCGUCGCUCACGCUGCUCCUCGGCGCCGCCCUCGGCCUCCUGCUCUAUGCGCAGCGCGAUGGCGCGGCCCCGACGACGAACGCGCCGCGAGCUCAAGGGAGGGCGGCGCCGGGGCCCACCCCGGGGCUCCGUGUAUUUCAGGCGCCGGACGCGGGCGCAGCCCCGCCGGCCUACGAAGAAGAUACGCCGGAGCCGCCCACGCCCACGGGACCUUUUGACUUUGGCCGCUAUCUGCGAGCCAAGGACCAGCGGCGCUUCCCUCUCCUCAUUAACCAGCCGCACAAGUGCCGAGGAAAUGGCGCACCCCCCGGCGGACCCGACCUGCUCAUCGCCGUCAAGUCGGUGGCUGCGGACUUCGAGCGGCGCCAAGCCGUGCGCCAGACGUGGGGUGCUGAGGGUCGCGUGCAGGGGGCGCUAGUGCGCCGGGUGUUUUUGCUGGGCGUGCCCCGGGGCGCGGGCACAGACGGGGCAGACGCGGAGGGGGCGGGCACUCGAACGCAGUGGAGCGCCCUGCUGCGUGCUGAGAGCCGUGCGUACGCGGACAUCCUGCUCUGGGCCUUCGACGACACUUUCUUCAACCUAACGCUCAAGGAGAUCCAUUUUCUGGCCUGGGCCUCCGCCUACUGCCCCGACGUGCGCUUCGUUUUUAAGGGCGACGCCGACGUGUUUGUGCACGUGGGAAACCUGCUGGAGUUCCUGGCGCCAAGGGACCCGGAGCAGGACCUGCUUGCAGGUGACGUGAUAGUGCAGGCGCGGCCAAUCCGCGUGCGGGCCAGCAAGUACUACAUCCCUGAGGCUGUGUACGGCCUGCCCGCCUACCCGGCCUACGCAGGCGGGGGCGGCUUCGUUCUCUCGAGGGCCACGCUGCGCCGCCUGGCCGGUGCCUGCGCGCAGGUUGAGCUUUUCCCCAUUGAUGACGUCUUUUUGGGCAUGUGUCUACAGCGCCUGCGUCUCACGCCUGAGCCUCACCCUGCUUUCCGCACCUUUGGCAUCCCUCGACCUUCAGCCGCUCCGCACCUCCGCACCUUCGACCCCUGCUUUUACCGCGAGCUGGUUGUAGUGCACGGGCUCUCGGCUGCUGACAUAUGGCUUAUGUGGCACUUGCUGCACCGGCCGCACGGGCCAGCCUGUGCGCGUCCAUGGCCUGUCGCUGCGGGUCCCUUCCAGUGGGGCCCCUAGCCACCUGUCACAGCUUUAAGCCCCCCUCAUUCAGACCCAGGAUGUAAGUGGGAGGUAGCUUGAAGGGUAGGUUUCCCAGGCGGAUUAGUGCUGUGUAUGUGGUUCUUCCCCAGGAAGGGGCAUCCAGGUGUCUUCCUCCAGAAGGUCCCAGGGAGUGAAGAUUGAGGUUGGUUCCUGCUGACACACCCUAUUGGGAGGUGAUCUGGAACCAAUCUAAUGGUGGCCCUUU